GUCAAAGAGCCCACCUACUCACUGCGUCCUUAGAAAUAUAGAGAGAACGGGCGAAGUGAAUCUCUAAAAAACCCGGCAUCGGAGAAAUUGAGAGAGGGAGAGGGGUUAGAAAUCAAGGUUUUUGGAGAUGGCCGGCGAUUCCAAGGUUUAUCACUUUGACGAGGUUUCGAAGCACAACGCCACCAAGGAUUGCUGGCUCAUCAUCAACGGAAAGGUUUAUGAUGUCACCCCUUUUAUGGAUGAGCAUCCUGGUGGUGAUGAAGUCUUGCUAGCAGCUACUGGUAAGGACGCGACAAACGAUUUCGAGGAUGUUGGUCACAGCAACUCAGCAAGGGAGAUGAUGGACAAGUACUUGAUCGGAGACAUCGAUGCCUCAUCUGUUCCAGCGAAGAGAUCUUAUGUGCCACCUCAGCAACCAUCAUACAACCCUGACAAAUCUUCUGAUUUCAUCAUCAAGAUAUUGCAAUUCCUUGUGCCUAUCAUGAUAUUGGGCUUGGCCUUCGCCGUCAGGCACUUCACCAAGGCGGAAUAAGCUCCCCCCCCUUCUUUAAACUGUCGUGAUCAAUUGAGACUUGUGGUUUUGGUGAUGGAUUGGGUUAUUUGUGCUCAAAGGCUUCCUUGUGUUGUGACAUUGUUUAUGUAUGGUAUUACUUGAAAUCUAGAAUACUUGCAUAACCAACAAUAAUAGCUUAUGUGGCUUCAGUUAAUCCUCUUUUCUUUUGUUUUCUUUA